AUGCCACUAAUAGAGAAUACCUCAGUUUGUGACUACACUAUUAGCAACAAUACUUUGAGACUAGCAAUCAUUGACUGGACAAUUCCGAUGGUGUACGGAUUUGCCCUCAUGUUGCUCGCGCUAUAUAAAGCCGCAGAAUACUGGAAAAUGUCAACGAGGUUCAGAGGAUUCAAGCUGGUCGAGAUUCUUAUCCGCGAUCAGAUAAUAUACUUCCUCCUCGCGAUAAUGUGUUGCAUUUUCAACCUUUUAUAUCCUAAACUGGAUGUCGAAAACGUAAUUUUAGCAUCCAUCCUUGGGCAAGUUGGGAACCCAUCGUUCCUAUGUAUUUUGGGAAGUCGACUACUUUUCAACUUGAAGGAAGCCGGAAAGCUAGGCGUAAACGAAGGCACAAACUACCGGACGAAAUCCAUGAGUAACAUUAAAUUUGAGCAACCAGCUGCGUAUGAAGGAACUUUCACCAGCAACGUCAAAGUUGCUACAGAAGACAGUGGCUCCACCGCAUUCGUGCCGCAGGAUUCCUCUGUCUAA